UUGGUUAGUCGCUUUUCCUAUACCUUCUGCUGAUCAUUACUUCACUAUGCUGUCUUCCAGUCUUUGUACCAGUCGCCUCUCUCGCGCUUUCUCCUCUAGACGCACGAUUCUGCCUGCCAAACGACCGCGGUCAGCCGCUAUCUCAACAAUGGCCUCAAGCACUGUUGUUUACGUGAAGGGCGAUCCAGCGACAAAGACACUGGGCGACUGCCCCUUCUGCCACCGGGCUCUCCUGACGUUCGAAGCCAAGAAGGUGCCGUACACGCUCGAGUACAUUGACUUUGACAACAAACCCACAUGGCUGCAAGAGGUCAGCGGCGGCAAGGUUCCCGUUAUCAAGGAGGAGGGUCAGCCGUACAUGCCGGACAGCGACGUCAUUGUCGUACACCUGGAGGACAAGUACCCCGAACCCCCAAUGAAGUCCUCCGUACCACCGGAGAUCGGUGCCAAGCUCUUCCCCGCCUUCCGCGGCUGGCUGCUGGGCCCUGAGUCGGAGGCUGCUGACAAGCGGGCGCUGCUGCUUGCCGAGCUGCAGGGGGUGGACAAGUGGCUCAGUGAGAACCGGCAGCAGGGGGAGGUGGAAGGCCGUUGGGGGUGCGUUUGCUGGGGAGACGCGAGACGAGCAGCAGCGGACCAGGGCCCGCUGUUCGGGGGCUCCCGCCUCAACGCCACCGACGCCUCCCUGGCGCCCAAGCUGUACCAUAUAGCGGUGGCGCUCAAGCACUUCAAGGGCUGGCAGAUUCCCGAGGAGCUCAAGGCAGUGCACAGCUACCUGUCCGCCGUCAAGCAGCUGCCCGAGUGGCAGCACACCGACUACGGCGAGGCGGCCAUCAUUCGGGGCUGGCAGCGGCACAUGCAGCAGCAACACCACUGAGAGCUGCAGCAGCAGCAGCAGCAGCCGGGGCGCGGGAGCAGCAGCAGCAGCAGUUCAUCACUGAGCAGAUCCGAGAACUGAGAGACCGGGAGAAUUUGCAAGUUGAGGGCGCAGGGGAAGCGGCACAUACAUGCCUGAGGAGGAACAGCAGUCACCGGAGGUGGCGGGUGGAUACAGGGUCGUGAGCUUGUUGAAACAAACCGUUGGGGAGUUGGGGAAAAAGGCAAUGGCGCUGGCUUGGGGGAGGGAGGCGUGUGUGUGUCUCAAGCCGUCAAGCGAAGGUCAGUUAGCGUAGCCAUGCAGUGUUCCUUGGGCUGGGUGGGUGGGUGGUCGGGAGCAAGGUGAGCUCAAGAUGAGCUGUUGAGGUGUUGGUGGUGGUGGUGGAGUGCAGGAGGAGCCGCUGCCUCAGCGUUGGUUACGUUGCGGUUACGUUGCGGGCGUUGGUUUCGUUGAAGUGCCGAUUGCGACCGCAGCAGACGGCGUGGGUGGUGGCGGGGAUGGGGGGCCACACAGCAGCGUUAUAAACGAUGCAUACGGCGUGUGGGGUCCACUUUCCAGGGUGCGUACAAGCCACUGCCAGGUGCUGGCACACACUCCCGGCCAAUGUAAUGGGGCACCACACCAA